UCCCACACCCGUUCACUUCCGGCGCUCUGGCCAACUCACGCGCUGCUCUGUGGCAUCUCGGGUUCCCUCUAGCUGCACUCUGGAGGACCACACUCAGUUUCUUUUUGGCGGCGGUAGGCCCCGCAGCCGCGGCUGAGCUGGAGGAAAGAUGGCGGCAGCGGUGCGGCAGGAUUUGGCCCAGCUCAUGAAUUCGAGCGGCUCUCAUAAAGAUCUGGCGGGCAAAUAUCGUCAGAUCCUGGAAAAAGCCAUUCAGUUAUGUGGGGUAGAACAACUUGAAGCUUUGAAAGCCUUUGUGGAAGCAAUGGUAAAUGAGAAUGUUAGCCUCGUGAUCUCUCGACAGUUGCUGACUGACUUCUGCACGCAUCUCCCUAACCUGCCUGACAGUACAGCCAAAGAAAUCUAUCAUUUCACCUUGGAAAAGAUCCAGCCUAGAGUAAUUUCAUUUGAGGAGCAGGUUGCUUCAAUAAGACAGCAUCUUGCAUCCAUAUAUGAGAAAGAAGAAGAUUGGAGAAAUGCAGCCCAAGUGUUGGUGGGAAUUCCUUUGGAAACAGGACAAAAACAGUACAAUGUAGAUUAUAAACUUGAGACUUACCUGAAGAUUGCUAGGCUGUAUCUAGAGGAUGAUGAUCCAGUCCAGGCAGAAGCUUACAUAAAUCGAGCAUCAUUGCUUCAGAAUGAAUCAACCAAUGAACAGUUACAGAUACAUUAUAAGGUGUGCUAUGCACGUGUUCUUGAUUAUAGAAGAAAAUUCAUUGAAGCUGCUCAAAGGUACAAUGAGCUCUCUUACAAGACAAUAGUCCAUGAAAGUGAAAGACUAGAGGCCUUAAAACAUGCUUUGCACUGUACCAUCUUAGCAUCAGCAGGACAGCAGCGUUCUCGAAUGCUUGCUACUCUUUUUAAGGAUGAAAGGUGCCAGCAACUUGCUGCUUAUGGGAUCCUAGAGAAAAUGUACCUAGAUAGGAUCAUCAGAGGAAAUCAACUUCAAGAAUUUGCUGCCAUGCUGAUGCCUCACCAAAAAGCAACUACAGCAGAUGGUUCCAGCAUCUUGGACAGAGCUGUUAUUGAGCACAAUUUGUUGUCUGCAAGCAAAUUGUAUAAUAAUAUUACCUUUGAAGAACUUGGAGCUCUUUUAGAGAUCCCUGCAGCUAAGCACGAGAAGCCUUGCCAACCUGGGACAAACAGAUUCAAUCGCUUUGUUUCCAAGUGAAUAACCUUUUGGAGAAAAUCAGUCAGACAGCACCAGAAUGGACAGCACAAGCCAUGGAAGCCCAGAUGGCUCAGUGAACCCUUCAGAACUCAGUGCACACUACAUCUUUUUCCAUGUUGUACAGAUUAGUUUCACUUGUCUCCAGAGCAUUUGCAUCAUGACCUUAAACAUUUCAAUCCCUUUUAUGCUGGAUUCUACUUAAAGAAGACAUUCGUAGAGCAGGAAGUGCAAGCAUUUAAAAAUAAUGUAGUUCCCAUAUAUUUAGGGUAUCUGUGUAUCGGACUAACUGAGAUGUUUUGAAAACUUUUUUCUUUAAAUGGAGUAAGUGAAAUAUCUGUGGCUAAAAAGUUUGGAAUUUGUGAUAACUUUGUAGUCAUGUAAAACUUAAGUGCUUUGUGCCUCUCCAAAUGUGGUUAUUCUAAUAAAUGGAGAAAUGAGCCAAUUAAAAAUAGUACUUUGUUUUUAAUUAGCAAACAAUAGUUUUUCCCUUUUAAUUCAGCAGACAUUGAUUUAUACUAUAUUCUGGCAAUACAGAGGUAGUAUCUGUUCUCUAGGCAUUCAUAGAGUCACAGAGCCGAUAGACAGCAGGUGUAAUACUUGCAAUUGCACAAAGUAGUAGAGCACAUGAGGAAGAGCUGUUCAUUUAGCAGAGAGAAGUCUGGCAAGACUACUCCCCGGCUUUAUAGAGAAAAUGGGAAAAGAUUUAAAAAGAGUAUGUGAGUAACUUCUGGUUUCAACUCCAGCAUGUAAAGAGCUUGAAAGUCAUCACUCCUGUCGUCAUAACAAGACAAAAGCUGAACAAAAGGAAAAUCAAGGACUUAGAUCCGUCAGAGAAUUGAGGUCACAGGUCAAACCACCAAUCACUAAAACUAGAGAAACAGCUGAAUACGGAGAUCACAGCCUAGAUCAGUUUCCCAGGAGCAGAAGCUGCUAGAGCCAGUAACUUGUAAGAACACUUAAAUUGUAACUGAUGAAUUGCUAGAGACUGCGUGUAGAGCCCCUGUUGGUGGAAAUGAUGAAUUAACAAGCUCAGCUGGUAACUGAGAGGUUGGAGGUUCAGGUCCAUCCAGAGGCUCCUUGGAAGAAAGUCCUGCUGUUCUACCUCUGAAAAAUCAAAGAUUGAAAACCCUAUGGAGCAUAGUUCUGCUCUGAGAUACAUGGGCUUACCAUGAGUCAGGAAUCCUCUUGAUGACAACUGUUUUUUUUUUCCAGUCUGAGGCCCUGGUGUUGCAGUUGUUAAGUGCUUAGCUGCUAA